AUGACGGGACACAGGGUGCGGCUGACGGAUGAGCAGGUGGCCCUGGUGCAGCGGCUGCAGAGGGGCCAGUUCGGGGACGUGAGCUUCGAUCCCUACGAGCCAGCUGUAGACUUCUUCAGUGGGGACCUAAUGAUCCACCCAGUGACCAACCGGCCUGCAGACAAGCGCAGCUUCAUCCCUUCCCUGGUGGAGAAGGAGAAGGUCUCCCGCAUGGUGCACGCCAUCAAGAUGGGAUGGAUCCAGCCUCGCCGGCCUCGGGACCACACUCCCAGCUUCUACGACCUGUGGGCCCAGGAGGAUCCCAAUGCGGUGCUGGGUCGCCAUAAGAUGCACGUUCCUGCUCCCAAGCUGGCUCUGCCCGGCCACUCGGAGUCCUACAACCCGCCUCCCGAGUACCUGCCCAGCGAGGAGGAGCGCCUGGCCUGGGAACAGCAGGAGCCUGAUGAGAGGAAGCUCGGCUUCUUGCCGCGCCGGUUCCCGAGCCUGCGGGCCGUGCCUGCCUACGGCCGCUUCAUCCAGGAGCGCUUCGAGCGUUGCCUGGACCUCUACCUGUGCCCACGGCAGCGCAAGAUGAGGGUGAACGUGGACCCUGAAGACCUCAUCCCCAAGCUGCCCCGACCACGGGACCUGCAGCCUUUCCCCACGUGCCAAGCCUUGGUCUACAGGGGCCAUAAUGAUCUUGUCCGCUGCCUCAGCGUCUCCCCAGAUGGCCAGUGGUUGGCAUCAGGUUCAGAUGAUGGCUCGGUGCGACUCUGGGAGGUUGCCACUGCCCGCUGCAUGAGGACCGUGCCCGUGGGCGGUGUGGUGAAGAGUGUCGCCUGGAACCCUCACCCCACCAUCUGCCUGGUGGCCGUGGCAGUGGAGGACACAGUGCUGCUGCUGAACCCGGCCUUGGGGGACCGGCUGGUGGUGGGCAGCACGGACCAACUUCUGAGCGCCUUCACCCCACCCCUGGAGGCCGCCUCACAGCCCGCGUACUGGCUGGAAGCCUCCGAGGAGGAGCGCCAGGGCAGCCUGCGCCUGCGCAUCCACCACGGGAAGCCAGUGACGCAGGUGACCUGGCACGGGCGCGGGGACUACCUGGCCGUCGUGCUGGCCACUCCGGGCCACACCCAGGUGCUGAUCCACCAGCUGAGCCGGCGCCGCAGCCAGAGCCCCUUCCGCCGCAGCCAUGGCCAGGUGCAGGGUGUAGCCUUCCACCCGACGCGGCCCUUCCUGCUCGUGGCUUCCCAGCGCUGCGUCCGCCUUUACCACCUGCUGCGCCAGGAGCUCACCAAAAAGCUGAUGCCCAACUGCAAGUGGGUGUCUAGCCUGGCGGUGCACCCAGCAGGUGACAACGUCAUCUGCGGCAGCUAUGACAGCAAGCUCGUGUGGUUUGACAUGGAUCUCUCCACCAAGCCGUACAGAGUGCUAAGGCAUCAUAAGAAGGCCCUCCGGGCCGUGGCUUUCCACCCCCGGUACCCGCUCUUCGCGUCUGGCUCCGAUGACGGCAGUGUCAUCGUCUGCCACGGGAUGGUGUACAACGACCUGCUGCAGAACCCGCUGCUGGUGCCCGUGAAGGUGCUCAAGGGGCACGCUCUGACCAGAGACCUGGGGGUGCUUGACGUGGCCUUCCACCCCACCCAGCCUUGGGUCUUCUCCUCUGGGGCUGACGGCACUCUCCGCCUCUUCACUUAG